AUGAAUGAAGAUAAUAAAUUAAAAAGGACCUUAAAUGAAGAGGAUGAACCUGAGAUACCUGCCAAGAAGGCUUCUAACCACGCUAAUAUUGUCGCUAAUCAUUACAACCAUCUUGAACAGAAGGGAUUAAGAGAAAGAUUUAAUUCCCCCAUACUUUACUUAAGAAACUUCAACAAUUGGGUCAAAAGUGUUCUUAUACAAGAAUACUCUGAUAAAGUGCGUGAAAAAAAUUAUUUACGAUCUCUAAGAGUUCUUGACAUUUGCUGUGGAAAAGGUGGCGACCUUAGUAAGUGGCAGAAAGCUCGAGCUGAUCAUGUUGUAUUUGCAGAUAUUGCAGAGGUCUCUGUACAGCAAUGUAGAGAAAGAUAUGAUGAUAUGUAUCGUCGUUUUGGAAGGCUGUUUACAGCUGAGUUUAUAGCUGCCGAUUGUUCUAGAGACACAUUAAGAGAUAAAUAUAAGGAUCCUUCAAUAAAGUAUGACUUAGUUAGUUGCCAGUUUGGGUUGCAUUAUAGUUUUGAAAGUUUAAAACAAGCACGUAGAAUGCUUUUGAACAUAUCUGAGUGCCUUAAACCUGGUGGUUAUUUCUUUGGGACUAUACCUGACGCAUAUGAAAUUGUCUCUAGGUGUAAGAAAUCUCCAGAAAAUUUAUUUGAAAAUAGAAUCUGUAAUAUUAAACUAAUGUUUGACUCUGAAAAAGAUGGAUUUCCCCUUUUUGGGGCAAAGUAUGAUUUUCAUUUAGAAGGUGUUGUUGAUUGUCCAGAAUUCUUAGUUUAUUUUGAUAUGUUUACCAAGUUAGCUUUAGAGUGUGGUUUGGAAUUGGUGUAUAAGGCUGGAUUUUCAGAUUUUUAUAAAGAGCAUUUAGAAAAAUAUAAGGAUUUAUUGCCAAAAAUUAAGUGUUUUGAAAAUUACCCUGCACCCCCAGGGAGAGAAUUAAUUGGUGAUGAGUUAGAAUAUGAACAUGCAAAAAAAUAUAUUGAAAAUGUUUCUGACAAGUCAAAAAAAGAUUACCUCACAAUGAGUAAAAGUGAAUGGGAGGUAGCAAGUGAGUCAUCAUAA